AACCCCUCCCCAGUUUCUCCAUUAUUAGCAUAUUGUAUUUCUUUCGAUACAUCGUAUCAGUCAAUCGGAACGCAUUCACAUCAAACAUUGAACAGAACAUCAUCAUGUCUUCAGCGUCGAGUAGUGUUGCUAGAGGGUCGUUAUACCGCGCUUACAGUCGAUCCAGCAGUACCGGCAGUAUUAGUUCGGUCGAAAAUCUCCCUCCGCGUACUAUUGCAAGAGUUUCAAAAGAGGUUCGCGAUUUGAUGAAAACCCCGCCAGGUGGUAUCAAUCUGGUAGUCGAUCCAGAAACCGGAAUGCCAUCCAGCCUAGGGGAGAUAGUGGUAAGUUGAUUUUGCUCAGCGGUAGCGAUAGCAUCGGAGUAUUGCAUCGACUAGUCCAAUUCUAGGUCUAUUCGGUUAACUUCAGUCUCUGCUAGGUUACGAAAGUAAAUUUCGGAUAUCCAUACUUCUACACCAAUCAGCAAUGAUGUUUCUUUUCUGUCAAAACGGCACAUUGUGCCCUGGAUAUUAAUUGUACUGGUACAAUCAUCGAGAACCAGGUACGAUCUGUGUACAAGCAACUCAUCAUACAAAUCGUUUGUUUCAUACACGUAUAGGCCGAGGUCGAAGGACCGCAGGGAACACCGUACGAGAACCAUUACUUUCGUUUAAAACUGGUCUUAGGCGUCGAGUUCCCGGCUUCACCUCCGCGCGGUUUUUUUUUAACUAAGAUAUACCAUCCGAAUGUAGACAUGACAACUGGAGCUAUCUGUGUAAACACACUGAAAAAGGACUGGACACCGGAUACCACUUUUGCCCAUGUUUUGAGCGUGAUUCGUUGUCUUUUGAUCAAUCCCUUCCCGGAAAGCAGCUUGAACGACGAGGCUGGGAAGCUUUUCAUGGAAAGCUACGAUGAGUACUCGAAGCGCGCUCGCCUCAUGGCUGAUGUUCAUGGCCGCCCAAAUUCUUCCGCGAUGUCUGAAGGUGAUGACAAGAGAAGAAAGGCAGAUCUGAAGGACGACGAACAUGAUUCUCCUCAGCGACGAAAGUCUCGAAUUGAGCCCGGUAUGAACCCUCUCGGAAGCAAAAAUUCUAAUAGUAUUUCGUCCAAGUCUAUUGGCGCAAAGCAGGUUAGCGGGAGGCUGAAGAAGAAGAAGAGUCUCAAGCGACUGUAGUAGGCUUUUUGACGACUGGGUCUGUUCGGAUUAUUCUGGGAUAGAGUACCGAUUGUUUGCAUGUUGAGCUUGGAGUAUUACGAAGUCAUGCACUAAAGCAAAACUUUCUGUUUUAUAUUAAUACUGAGCCGUACACGAAUACUCUCCUACGGAAUUAUGAAUUUCUUUGGAUUGGUUACAUGGUAGUAUUGGUAAUCAUUGGUAUUGCAUUAUAAUACGGCAACGUCUUCGGGCUCAUUUACGUCUCGUCGGCACUUCCUUCACAUUGUCGUUGUUGUUACUUCGUGCAAAAGGAAUCCUCUACCAAGGAAGGCGGCAAGUGAGUAUUGCAUACUAGCAAGAACGUGAUGACAUCGGAUUGAAGACUGCUUUGUACAAGUACCAGUGGUUUGCAGCAUCGAACGAUAGUUGCAAUUAUUGUCAGUUUCUUAUUCUCUUGUACACAGUUAAUAUGAUUACUAGUAAAACGAUCAAGUCUUAAAAACACUUCAAUAAAACCAGUGCUACCAGCACAAGCAUAAUCCAAUAAGCUGGCAAUUGUAGUGUAUUCUUUAGGCUAUCUUGAGAAUUUUAAUCUUGCCAGUGUGUCUUAGUUUAGUAAUCACAACUCACACUAGUACUGCAUUAAAUUGCUUGCAUCACAUACAGAUUUCUGGACCAUUUGUUCUAGCACACCAUGGAUGUCAUAAAAAUAAUUGUUCCCAGAACCUUCAUGAGGGAUAGGGAAGUUGUUACCACCACAUACAAAUUGAGGGAAUUUGGAUGGUCCUAUCUAUGUAAUUCCAUUUUUUAUUUAUUACAACAAGAAGUAAUCAAUAAAUGUACUCAAUAAAUUCCUAUGAUACAUAGUUAUGUGGCAACAUAAUUUAUCGAGUUAAGUCGAAACAUAUGAGUGUAGAGAAGACAUAAAUUAGUACAGGUGUACACAGUAAAUAAACUACUCAGAGUCAGGUACUACCAGGAGCCCUUGUGUGUUGAUAUAACUUUGUAGUAUUUUGUUGUUUUGUUCUUCAAACAUGGAGACAUGAUAAAUGGGCACCAUUCUUUGCGGGAAGAAGGUGGUAUUGUUGAUAGUCUUGAUUCUGUCCAAAAAUCAUUGGCCUAUUCUAUUUGUGGGGAGACACUGAACAAUGAUGUGCACACAUCCCCAUGUACUAAACACAUGAAAAUAUAACUGACAUUGGACUUGAUGACAACAGUAUUAGUAAUAGGUAGCUGGUAGUAAAGCUGAUAAAAUUACUGCUGAUUUACCUUACUGGCCAAUAUACUAAUUAAACUAGACACAAAUGGACUGGUACCUCUCAGUUGUGCCUUCUUUGAGGUGCUGUCCCUCAGAGCAACAACUACUGGUACUAGAGGCAUCCUUCUCCAUAGAGUGAUGGUUCAGGUGACCCCAGUGCCUCUUCUAUUUCACACAAUUAAAUAUUUUAAAUUCUUAAUAUCAUAUUUAACCUUGUGAACUAGAAGAGGGACUAUGUCAGCUAAAACCAUUACUUCUCCUGACUAGGAACAAGAAGAAUACUUCUAGUACUUGGUCCAAGGGACAGUACCUUGUUCUGGGGAAGUUUUGUGGAGGAGGUGCAAACAGUUCCUCUAUACAUAAUGACAAGCCAACUAAGGCAGGUUACUGGUGGACUAAGUACAUAUAGAGGGUGGUGGUUCAUGGUUUAGAUGGACAAGAGCCACACCAUGACACCGCCAAGCCAAAAGGCAAGUCACAGCACAGUGAACAAGGAAAUAGGCACACUGAAAAACCAAUUAAAGGCAAGCUCUCCUGCAGUGGACAAGGAUGCAGGUGGUAAAGUAGUCAUGAAGAAUUAAAAUAAAAAAGAAUAGCCAAGAGAAAAAAGAAAGCCAACAACAAAAAUAUAGCUCAAUAAACUGACUUGUAGUUCCCAGUUGUGGGUAGUUUUGAGGUAAAAGUGUCAAUGGUUGCAGUAUUACUGUAGGAGCAACUGUCUGUGGUUCCUCUUCCUGGUGGAGAAGGGAUUUUAGACAAGCUUAUUGAUGGUAUUGCAAGCAGGAUGCUGUUUAGAUGGGAGGGCAUGGGUAAAUAGGUUGGAGAUAGAUCUAAAAUAUCUAGAUGGGGGCUUAGGUGGUGGUAAUUGUUGCUGUUGCUGUUGUUGCUGGUGUUGUUGCUGCUGUUUUUGCUGCUGUUUUUGCUGCUGUUUUUGCUGCUUUUGUUGCUGCUGUUGUUGCUACUGCUGCUGCUGUUGUUGUUGUUCAUGGUCAAAAAUGUAGCAAAAAGCUGGAUUUUUUCAAAAUACCCAGUUGAUCAAUCCGCAACUUCCGGAUCCCCUUCCUCUUAUAGUAAUGAAUAUACCCUGUGUGCAGUGUGUUAAAGUUAGGUUGUAUGGUUGAAGAACUGGAGGAGUGGCAGGCCCCUACCCUGGAGGUUGUGUUAAUGAGUUUUUUCACUGGAAUUGGUGCAUGGAGCUGAGGCUGGGGAAGCUUCUUCAAACUGAGUAGUAUGUAGCAUAUAUUCCAGGUGUUGUUCUUCAAGAGAAAUAUCUGGAUUGGAUGCUUUAAACUUGGGUUGGUGUUGUUGCUAUUGGGUGCAAAUACCAGAAACAACAACAUUAUUAGCAAAAGAAGAAAUAGCUUGUCAAGGAACAGGGGAUAGACGUAAAUCCUCUCUGAGAUCAUCAGUAACAGGGGGAUAGUAUGGAGUAUGCAGCAAAUCAAGCAAAAACUCCAACAUGCAAUGAAAGGUCUGGGUUGGAUAUCUGGGGCUUGGGUUGUUAUUGUUGCUGUCAGACACAAAUGCCAGGUGAAAUUUUGUCGCCUUCAAACUUUGGAGAAGAAUCUUGCAGUAGACAUUUUAUUCCUGUUCUUUUGGUCUUCAUUGUUCUUGUCCUUGUGCCACCUUACACUGGCUUCUUUCAUUCCUGGACAAGAAGCAGCCAUGUGAGAUUUGUAUAUAUGAAUUGAAACACCAUCCAGCAUUACCUGUCUGUUGAGCAAAGCGUGCAGCUUUCUUGAUCUUUAAUAAGGAUUGGUGAAAUGAAGAGGGUGAAAUGGAUGUUUGGGAAGCAUUGUCAAAUCAAACAAAUCAAUUGAAUAAUGAGGUUGAACUGGAGGUACAUUGGGUGAGUUUCCUUUGGAAGUAGAAAAGUAGGUGGUGCCCCUACAUCUAGUAUCGAGUUUUUGAGACUGAUAGUAGGAGGGAACUGAAUAAAGGAAUACUACAGAUAUUUUGUUUUGAGCCACUACCAACUUAACUUCAAUUAUUUUCCUUUCAUUUCCCAAAAAUCACAGCAGUAGUAGAAUAACUAGUAGUACUACUUUUUCUACUACUUCUUCUAUUUUCCAUGUAGCAGUAAUACUACUAAUGUAGUAGCUAGUACUAUAUGUAAUAGUACAAAUAUGUGGAAAAUAGAAAUAGCUUCAGAAAAAGUAGUAGUAAUAGUGAAAGGGUAGUAAGCAAGCAAUCUAACCAAGACUAUUCCAACAAGUUUAUUUAUAUUCCCCAGCUGGUAGCAGUUUGCCCCAGCUUGUGGAUCCAUCCCCAGUUCUUACGGACCAGAAGAAGAUUCCAGUCACAAUGUUGUUGUUUCUGACAUUUGUGUUGGACAACAACACCCCAGCCCUUACCAGUAUUCAACCAAAAACUAUUGAAGAACAACAGCUGGAGUUUAUGCUACAUCAUACUCAGUUUCAAGAACAAGAUUCCCCAGCAUCUCCAUGCAGCUCCACCAGUAUUCCUUACAGACCGGAAGCAGAUUCUGGUCAUGUUUCUUGCAUUUGUGUUGGCAAGCAACAGCAACCAAGCAAUCCUAUUUAGAUGAUGCUGAUAGGAUUAGCAUCAUUCCCACCAGUAUUUUCCUCCACCAGCUGUGUGCAGUUUGCCCCAGCUGGAUCCAUCCCCAGAUCUUAAGGACUGGACGCCCCAGCAGUGUUUUCUGGUCACCAUUGUUGUUGUUUCUGACAUUCAUGUUGGAAAGCAACAAUAACAACCCCAGCCCCCAGUAUUUAACCCUGCAUAUAGAUCUUGUCAAUCUAUCCCAAGUUUCUUCUCCAAGAAGAUGCUCCACAAACAGUUGCUCCUCAGGGGAGGGCUCAGCUGUGAUUUGAAAGAAGUGUGUCAGUUUUCUUUUUUCUUUUGGCUUUUCUUUUUCUUUUUCAUUUUUUUCUUUUUGACAACUCCACCAUGUGUGUCCUUGCCUACUGGGAUGUGACUUGCCUUAAUUGGCUUGGCAGUGUGCUUGGCACUCAUUUCCUUGAUCACUGCAAUGGGACAUGCAUUUUGGCUUGGCAGUGCCCUUUGAAACAAUAUUGGCAUGGUUCUCAUCCAUCAAAACUGUGAACCAACCCCUUUUUAUGUCCUCUGAAUCCAGCCUCAGGCCUUCAGUGGCCUGUUAGUGUGCAUAAAACCUUGGUCGCACCUCCAUCAAAACUCCUUGGAGAGAAUUGCCGCCCCUCGGAGCAGCUAGAAGCAUACUUUCCAACAAAAGUAGUUGUUCUGGCCAUAUAGCGCCUCUUCUAGUUCACGAGGUGAAAAAUAAUAUUAAGAUUUUUUUUAGUGUGCAUAAAACUUGGUCGCGCGUCCACAAAACCUCCUUGGAGGGAGGCGGUGCCCCUUGGAGCAGCUAGGAGCAUUCUUCUCCAUAGUCAGGUGAAGCUAUGGAUCUGGCCAUAUAGUGCCUCUUCUAGUUCAGGAGGUUAAACAUAAUAUUAAGAAUUUUUUAAAUAAAUAUUGAUAUUGCUAGAACUAGAGGAGCUAGAGGAGCUAGAGGAGCUAGAGGAGCUAGAGGAGUUAGAGGAGUUAGAGGGGCUAGAGGGGCUAGAAGAGCUAUGGUUAGAGCUAUGGUUAGAGCUAUGGUUAGAGCUAUGGUUAGAGCUAUGGUUAGAGCUAUGGUUAGAGCUAUGGUUAGAGCUAUGGUUAGAGAAAAUGCUACUAUUACUAUUAGUAUUUGUAUUGGUGGUCUCAGUAUUGGAGGUGUUGGCAGCAGUAGAUUGAUGAAAAAACAUAUUUAAGAAACAUCUAUACUAGUUUACGACAGUCAGUUCUACUAGUAAUAGCAUGUAGUAGUGGUUGAGUGGUUUACAUAAAUUUGUACUUACUGGGUUCAAGUCCCCAUAAGAUACAAAGUACUACUAGUAGUCAUUACAAUAGCCAGAGUCAUGUUGUGAGUAGCUGCAAAAGGUACAGAUUGUGCUGGUUAUUUAAACUACUUAGAGUAUUCUGUACUUACUGGAGUUGUUCCCAUCUAGUAGUAGGUACAACAGCAAGCUCAACUACAGAACUGGUUCAGUACUGGUGCAACAAAAGAUCAGUAGUAAGAACUGGGGGCAAAUACCUCUGAGGAAUGAAUGUGUUCUAAAGAGGUAUCAUGCAGCUGGCCCAAUGCAAUGAUCUCCUCAGCAGUACUGGUGCUUCAGUACAGAAGAUCUGUAGCAAGAACUGGGGGCAAGCACCUCUGAAGAAUGGACACAUUCUGAGGAUGCAUGCUGCUGGCCCAGUACACCCACCAAUACACCCACCAAUACACCCACUGCUACACACAUCAAUACACGCACCACCAGUGAUACACGCAUUAAUACACACAGCAAUACACACAGCAGCCAAGGUUCAUAGUGAUACACAUAGCAAUGCACAUAGCGAUGCACAUAGCAAUACACAUAGCACUACAGAUAGCGACACACACAGCAAUGCACAUAUCAAUACACAUAGCAAAACACAGGGUGAUACACACAAUGAUACAUACAAUGAUACAUACAAACAGUACAUCUAGUAUGUGGAAAAUAGAAAUAGUAGAAGAAGAAGUAGUAGUAGUAUUGAAGCAGUAGUAGCUGUACUACUGAAUUUACACCAAGUACUAGUAGUACUACUUUUUCUACUACUACUACUUCUAUUUCUCACAUAGUAGUAGUAAUAUUACUAUCUAUUGAAAAAUUGUUAAUUAUCAACUAAACAUUAAAUUUAUCACAAUAACUACUACGCUGGGCCUCUUUGGCGCUUUCUGCCUUGGUACCCCACAACUCUUGAAGAAAUACCUGUUGAAUCAUCUUUAUCAAAUAAUGACACUUUGGCAGAUUUCAUUUUCCUCAGGUUGAAGUCAAGCAUCAAUUCACAUCACUUUCCUUGAAUUGCACAUGCAUGCUUGCUACUGCAACCUUCUAUCAGAGCUUUCACCCCCAUCCAAUGAUCUGUAACUUAGGUAUGAAGCUUCUCACACUCAUCCAUUAACAAAUUGAAACUUGAAACACUUGCACCAACUUGAGGAGACAAAAAAAAACACUUCUGUCAUGGAAUACAUCAGGUUUCAAUGAAACCUUCCACUUCCUUCUUUGAAACCUCUUCAUGAAAAUUUGACUUGUGGUUUUUGGAAAACUUAAACUUAUCCCCUUUGUUCCUCAAUACAACUGUACAUCUCUUUGUUUGGAAAUGUUCCUUCAAAUUUUUUUCAAGAAAAUAGCACCCUGCUUCUUUACAAUAAUGAGUUGCAAUGGUUUUCCUGCAACCUCUCAAUCCACAGACAUGUACACAUCUUUUCACUGCUUCAUGCAGCAUAACCAACACAUAUUUCCACUUGAACUUAAACAUGGAGCAGAUUCAUAGUAUAAUUCCUCAUACAUGUCCAUUGUGAAUGGCUUGAAAUCUCCAUCAUCUUCCUUAAUGUAUUCCUUCUCUGGAUCACUCACUUGAUCUUUAUUUUUUUGCAGUUUUUCAAAUGAAUUGGAAUGACUUUGUGAUCACUUAGCUUGAACAGCUGUCCACAUGCACAUGCAUAAUACGUAUAUCUUGCUGKGAGAAUACAUGGGAAAAAGAUUGCUUUUCCUUCUUACUUUGCAAUGGAAUACUUCCAACAUCACAGUAUAGCUUUCCAUUGUCAAUCAUAUUUUUUACUUCCCAUUUGGACAAUUCUGGAAGAAGAUCACCAGUUCCUUUUACAGUUAAAAAUAUUUCUGUAAUAUCUUCACAAAUUCACAACACAACAGAAAUUCAGUUAAAAGUUUUCAGACUCAAAAAGAAAAAAAUUGAAAAAUUCCAAAGUCAUUCCUGUUUUGAGACUCAAAAGGAAAAAAAAUGAAAAAUUCCAAUUUCAUUCCUCUUUCGAGACUCAAAAGGAAAAAAACUGCAAAUGAAACUUUUGAACUCGUGACCUCAACUUUCAAACUCAUGACCUCAACUUUUAAAAAAUAAUAAAAAAAAUGAAACUGUGCUAGGAUUUGAACUCACAACCUCAAAAUGUUUUGGUGUUCUUUUUUUGUUUUUGUCCUUUCCUUGAUUUGCUGUCGUGUUGUUUUGUUCCUUGUUGUUUUGCUUUGUCAUUUUGUGGUUUCCUUUCAUUUUGCCCUUUCCUUUUGCUGUCUCAUCUUUUUAUUAUUGUGUCACUCUGAUGUCCUUGUGCUGGUGUUGUUCAAUGUUAUGGGAUGUUAUGAGUGACAAACUGUUUCCAUGUAAUGAGUGAUGUGAUGACCACACGUCAAUCUUGUCCCUUAAAAUUUUGUGUCUUUUAAAAUUAUGUUCUCUGUAAUACUUUCUCCAUCUGACAAUGACUGUCCAGUGACUGCAAUUUUACUGUCUGGAUAUGAUAGUCCCCUAAUUUACUUACCACUUACUCAAAGCAUCAAAUAAUUUAAUUUAACCCCCACUACAAUAUGAUGACUGUGUAGAAUAUGUACAAACAGUACUACCAACUAGGAAUUUGCAUGCAUGUGAUUAAAAAUUAAUUUUUGACACAUGAAAAUACACCCUAUUGACACGGCAAAUUCAAUUUCGACAAUGGUAUGGUGGACCUCUUUUGAAUACAAAUGACCAAUAUAAGAAAUCAAACAAUACUACUAGUACUAAUCUAAAGUAUAGUCUCCAAUAAUACUACUAGUAAGUAUUGGCUAUCAUGUGCAAGUAGCGGCUUAUCAAAAAGACCAUUGGAGCCCUUUCAAUGGGUAACUUAAAAAUGGCAUUUAAAAAUAGCCCCAUUUGAAGGUUUAUAACUUUAUUAUUCCUGUUACGACAUUAAAAGCCACAACAUAUUCAAGUAGCAUUAAACAAGAUAAGUUGACUAAAAUCAGAACCAUUCGAAUUGAGUGUUAGGGGACGGUGAUUUCCGGACGGAGGAAAUAAUCUUGGGUUCUUCGCUUAACAGUUUUUAAAAAUAGGUACUAUACAUACAUGAAAUACAUAUGGAAAAUACAUACAAACUAUUACAGUAUGUACAAAGUACCGGUACUACCGGUACAGUAGGAAAAAGGUCUGGUUCGACUUCCACUUGCAGCGUACCGCAAAAGACGAAUUAUGACCCCUGGUGUGAUUUUCGUAACGAGGGACAGAAAGUGAUGUUGAAUUCCGUGGUUGAGAAAGAAUCUGAACGUUCGGUACUGUCUACUGUACGUUCUACGCCUGCAUUGGAGGAUGUUGUUUAAACAUACUGGUACUACUACCGUACUGCUUCGUCGCAACAUCCAAACACAUCAUUCCGCGACAAAAUUCCACACGGCCUCGUCUAGCUGUUCACCGUUUUCCGUACCUAUUAUUCGUUCGAGAUUUCAGAUAAUUUCGUAUCGAAGACUGUACCGUAGUACCUACCGUUUGUUGAAGCCCUUCCCCCAUCUCAGCACCACUUGCUUUCGUCCACUCUACUCAUUCGUACGGUUUCAUCGAAACGCAAGAGAAACCAACAUCGAACAACGAAAGGCGAUUUUGGACGAAAGAGAUCUUAGCAGGUAGGGCAGAAGGCUGAAAAAAUAAACAAGAUGGCCCCAACACCCUCGAAGCUCUUCCCGAGGAAGAAGUUCAGUUACGACGAUGUGGAGCCACGUCCCGCAACGGAGCCCCCUCUUCCUGUAUCAGAUUGCGCUCGUAACCAUGUCCCAAGUCAUUAUGAUUAUACCAAGCUCACACACGAGAAGAUCAUUGCAGAGAGAGCUAAGUCAACCAUGGGAGAUGUCAACAUUGACUAUUCUCAAGAUCCUACGCUUUAUCCUGAAGGGUUUCCCUACUUUGUAAGAGGAAGGGAUAGCCUCCGAACAUACAUCACCAAACUCUUCACCACCAGGAUUGCCAUGUAUGAUGGAGCUAUGGGAACUAUGAUUCAGAAUUAUGCCAAGAAGAACAAGCUUGAUGAAGCUGAGUUCAGAGGAGAAAAGUUCA